AUGCUGCUCCUUCUCAGCCUUGCAUUUGUAGUCUUUGUCUUGGGUUCCUACACUAUCAACAAAGAGAGCAAUAGUCCAAACAUUCAUCAGAGUAUUGAGACGAUGGAGUUUGGAAGCAACGAAACACCUAUAAGUAGAGAAUUGACUUCUUUCUACACUGGAACCUCUAAUAACGAUCAUAUCGGAGAUUCUUUUCUGUGGAAUGGCGUUAGAGAAAGUGAUGUAGAUCCUCCUCCAUCCCUCACUUCUCACCAUCCAUGCGAUAGUUUUUCGUUUCCUCCUCCUCCUCCACCUGGACUCAGAAGACCUGGACCAAGACCGUGUCCGGUUUGCUAUCUAUCUCCAGAAGAGGCGUUAGCGCAUAUGCCAAAGCAUCCAUUUGAAUCUCCUGUUCUGAAGAAUCUGACGUAUAUCCAUGAAGAGAGUCCUGCAAAAAUCGAAGAAGGUCAAGGAGGCUCUGAUUUUGGAGGUUAUCCUUCUCUUGAGCACAGGACUAACUCUUUUGACAUUAAACAGUCCAUGACAGUGCAUUGCGGAUUUGUCAAAGGAACAAAACCGGGAUUUCAAACUGGAUUCGACAUUGAUGAAGAUAUCCUUCUUGAGUUGGAUCAGUUCCAUGAUGUGAUUGUUGCAUCAGCGAUAUUUGGGAAAUAUGACAUAAUUCAAGAACCAGUGAACAUCAGUGAAAUGGCGAAGAAGAACAUUCCUUUCUACAUGUUUGUUGACGAAGAAACGGACUCAUAUCUUAAAAACACUUCGAGCUACACAGAUGAUAACAAGAGAGUGGGAUUGUGGAGGAUCAUUGUUGUCCAUAACGUUCCUUACAGUGAUGCUAGGCGUAAUGGAAAGAUUCCAAAGCUUCUAUUGCAUAGGUUAUUCCCAAAUAUCCGGUACUCUAUAUGGGUUGAUGCGAAGCUCCAACUUGUUGUAGAUCCCUAUCAAAUCCUCGAAAGGUUCUUGUGGAGAACGAAUUCUAGUUUCGCAAUCUCGAGACAUUACAGACGUUUUGAUGUGUAUCUAGAGGCUGAGGCGAAUAAAGCUGCAAGAAAAUACGACAAUGCCUCGAUUGAUCACCAGGUUGAGUUCUAUAAGAAGGAAGGUUUAACACCUUAUACCGAAGCUAAGCUUCCAAUAACAAGUGAUGUUCCUGAAGGAUGCACAAUCAUAAGAGAACACAUACCGAUCACAAAUCUCUUCACGUGUGUGUGGUUCAACGAAGUGGAUCGGUUUACGUCAAGAGAUCAACUAAGCUUUGCAAUUGCGAGAGACAAGAUAAGAGAGAAAGUGGAUUGGAACAUCAAUAUGUUUUUGGACUGCGAAAGACGCAACUUUGUGAAACAGGUUUAUCAUAGAGACGUGUUGAUGAACAUGAAACCUCCUCGAGCUUCGUCUAGGCUUCUUCCCGAGCCACCGGCAUCGCCACGUGGAAGAUUAGUUGGUGGGAGAGCCACGACGGGGAAGAAGAUUCCAGGACAACGCGGAAGAAAGCGUCACCGGAAAGUUUCAGCUGGUGGCAGAAACAUGAGAUAG